AUGAAAUUACUGUAAGAAGCUUAUUUGAGUUUAGAGACACAUAAAUAGAGGGGGUUUUAGAAAAUCUUAUUGGCUCAGUAGGUAAAUGAUGAGUUGGCUAUAAAUAUAGGGCAACUCUAAGGACUGGGACUGCCUGAUAUUUGCAUAAUUUGUAAAAGGCAACCAUUAGGGAUGUUUAAAUCAGGGUUUGAUUAGUGGUCAAGUUUCCAUUGCGUAUUAGGGAUUUGCCCAACAUCUUAAGCAGAGGUUUCGGCUUAUAUACAAUCUUUAAUAAUGAAUUAAGAAAAGGACACUUUUUCCAAAAUUUUUGGAAGUGAUGUCAUAAUAUUUAAAAUUACUUAUAUUACAUAUGAUAUAUUUUCAAAGAUCCUCUUGGUAUGCCAAUUCGAAUAGCCAAGCGAAGGUCUAUCGUAAUUUAAAAAUUAUGGAAUUCAAUAAAAUAAAUAAUGCAUUCAAUUAACUAAAAGUCAUUGGGAAGGAGCUCACAUAAGUGGAAUUUUAAGGGUAUUGGAUGCCAAUUUCAAAAUGCCUAGCAUUGACUAGUAUAAAUAAUCCAAAAACAUUAUAAAAUCUGAUUGCAAAAUUGCUUUAAAAGAUGUCAGGAGCUAAAUAAAAUAAAAUCUAAAUCUGAGUUUUCCUCCUCUAAAUGAUAUAAUUUUCUAUCUUAAUUGGCCAUUGAGUAUCGUCUUCCAUUAUUUGCAUAACACAUGUCAAUUGGAUCUGUUGUUAGAACAAUUCAAUAACUUAGAUGAUAACAUUAUCUUCAGAUUGAUCAAAUCCUUAAUACAUUACAAAAUGAAAAAUUAUAAUAAGAGUUUGUUAGAAUUGAUAAAAUUGUAGGAAUCCAAUAAUUGGUUCAACCUUCCAAAAUACAUAAUGGCAAAUGUUUUUAUAAAAUAAACUAAUUACGAGAAGGCUUUCAUUUUAUUAAAGGAUCUAAUAGUCGAAUGUUAUGAGAAUUAAACAAUUUGGAUAACUUUGUCUAAAAUAUUUCGAAAACAGAAGUUAUUUCAAAUUAGUCUGUUAUUCAUAAACAAAGCUAUUGCCUUGCCAUUAAAAUAGACAGCAAAAUAAAUAUGGAAUGAAAUGAGUAUUGUCAAUUAUAGAUUAUUGACUCAAAAUAAAAAUUUACAACAGCCUUAAUAGAUGGAUUAGAUUUUUAAAAUUGUGCAUCCUUUGGCAGCAGAUAAAAUUGAAAGCUACGUACAACUAUGUGGAUAUCCAAGCAUAGAAAAUUUGCUAGUUAGACCAAGAUUGAGCAAUAAGCGAGAUUAGAAACAUACAAUAGAAAUGAUGUCGAAGCAUAUCUCAAGACCAGAGUUCAAAGUUAAUUAACAAACAUAUGAUACUUUAAUGCAUAAUGACUUCUUAGAUAUCGAAAGUGAGUUAUCCUACAUUCUCAACGAAGUUAUUAAGAUUUAACAUGUUGUGGGAUAUUAAAAAUUAAAGUCUUAUAUCAAUUAGUAUUUUUACACUACAGCAAAGGUAGUCUAAAAAUAAAUUGAUUAAAUCUAUGAUCCAAGUGAAUUCUAAAUUGCCUUUAAAAAUCAAAGAAAUUUGAAUUUAAAUGUUAGUUAGAUUAGCAAUACAAAUAAAAGUAUGUGCAAUCCAAGAUUACAAGAUGACAUAGAGGACUGUGAUUCUGAUGAAGAGUAACCUGAGUUUUUGAAAAAACAAAAAGUCAAUAAGUCUUUCGAUUUUACAAACAUAGGUCCUCGAAUGUAUUAAACUCCUUAACAUAAUAAUAAGGCUGCAAAAUCGCCAUUAAAAUUUACAAGCAUGAAAAAGAAAUAAUAACAAAUUAAGAAAGCAAACACAAUAAUAAUAGAAAAUGCUUUUGAAAGUGUUGAAUCAGAAAGGUAAAACAAAUAAUUCAUAACCAUUGUAAACAGAGUUAAUAUCUAACAGAAUGAAAUGAUCUCUUAGGCACCUAAAUCAGGAUAAGAUGUCCAACCAUAGAAAUCUUUUAUAUAUGGUUUGGUCUCUUACUUGAAUUAUAAUUUAAAUCAAUAGGAAUAAGUGUUGAUGAAUGAAUAAUUGAAAAGGAGGAAGGAACAAGUGAAUAGUUCACUAUAAGGAAUGGUGGAAACCAUUAACCGAAUAUAAACUGAAUUAGAUUAAUUGUUUUACCUCUCUCAAGAUUCAAAUAAAUAAUAGAAUAAUUUAUAAAACUUACAAUUAAAUUCGACAAAUAACUAAUAGCCAGUAAACACAUCGUCUCAGUUGUUCAAGUCAAAUUUAAAGAAGGCUUUGCAAACUAAACAACAUUUGGGUGGAUAAAUAGAAUUAAAGGACUUUUACAUAGUACAACCUUUAAACGAAGAAGAACAAGACAAAGAGAAAACCUAUAUCGCUUUUAUUAAGGCUGAAUCAAUGUUUUUGUAUAAAUGUGCUCGUCUGGCAUAGAGGUUGAAGAGGAACGAUUUAUGCUUCUCUAUCCUAUAGCGACUGAAUAGCAGAAUUAUAUCUGUGUAAAUUACUGCACUGUUCUUUAAUAUAGUAAAAGACAAUAACAAAUUAUUGAUUAGACAAAUCUAAAAGAUGUUGGCUGACUUUUAGGAUUGUGGAAUCAGCCAGGUUGGAUUUGUGCCAUUAUGGUUAGAAAUGAGAAUAGUAAAGAUGACAAAGUAAUAUGGUGCUAAUCAAAUACUUGCUUUAUUAUCUUCAUCAGAGAGUGACUUCACUUUUUAUUUAAUUAAAAAGAUCAUUCUAACAACUGACAAUUUAAUUUGA